UUGGAUGUAUAUUUUAAAGAAACGUGUUGAGAGAAAAGUUCUUUUAAAAAAAAAAGAAAGGGGUGGAGACAACACUACUUCAGCUACUCAUGCCAUAGUGCAAUAAUUGAUCAUCUUACCCCACAACCAAUUCAAUAUUUUCCUACCCUUUACCAAAACCUGUCAUUGCAAUUUCUCAGAUCCUUCUUUGUAAAUUACAGACUUUUUAAUCUUCUUCUUCGUGUUUUGUAUUUGAAAAAAAAAACAAAAAUCAAAGAAUCGAAGCUUUUUCAGACAUGGCGUACUAUGCUGCUCUUGCUUCGCUCAUGGAGCUGCUAGACGACAUAAUCGAUAACGAUCGAUAUCCGAACUUCCUCCUCGGCGAGCAACCGAUCACAAACACUCUCCGAGAAAAAUUCAGAUCCUUACAAGAAUCGCUAAACGAUUAUUCAUCGAGAGGCGACAAAGACAACGACCGCGUCGAAGGCCGGAUAAGAGAUGUGGCGUAUCGAGCUCAGGAUGUGAUCGAAUUCGCAAUCUCGGAUCAGAUCGAAAUCCUAAGAAAAUCAGACAGCGACAGAUACGUCGAAAACUUACAGAAACUGCAGAGAGAAGUAGAUCUGCUUGUGCAAGAGAUUAUGGUGAUCAAGGAACGGCAGAGAGUCGAAUGCUCGAAGCUGAAGCCAAACUGCGAUUAUUAUUUCAGCUCGGAAGCGCCCCCAGCUGUCGACGGAACAGCGGUCGUCGGAUUCGACGAUUAUCUGACCACAAUAAAAGAUCAAUUGUCCAGACACUCAUCCCAACUACGCGUCAUUCGUAUAGUUGGGAUGGGCGGAAUUGGUAAGACUACUCUCGCCCAAAGCGCGUUCGAAGACGCGCUUUCAUCGUACCGUUUUGAUAUUCGCGGCUGGGUUACCGUAUCGCAAGACUACAACCGGACGCAAGUUUAUCAUAGCAUCAUGAAAUCGAUGGCGAUGCCGAUCCACGAAUCGCUUCGAUGGCAAGAGGCGGAGGAAUUGAAGGACAGAAUAUACAAACAUUUGAAAGGUCGGAGAUACCUUGUCGUAAUGGACGAUGUCUGGAGUAAGAAAGUUUGGGACGACGCGAGGCGGAUGUUCCCCGAAGAUAGUAACGGAAGUCGGAUUAUGGUCACAACUCGACUAUUAGAUAUCGCGCAGUAUAUCGGCACUUCCGGGUUUCUUCAUCGGAUGCGAUUUCUCGAUAAGGAUCAGAGUUGGAGUUUACUCCGAGAGAAGGUGUUCGGAAAAGAGCCUUGUCCUCCAGAGCUCAUCUAUAUGGGAAAAUGUAUCGCAAGAAAAUGCGGCGGGCUGCCCCUCGCCAUUGUCGUGAUGGCGGGAAUUCUGUCUCGAGACAAGACGUUACCCGAAUGGACGAAGAUCGCAGCGGCGGUGAACGCGACUUUGAGCGAAAUUGAGGACGAGCGAUUACGAGGUAUACUCUCGCUCAGUUAUAAUCACCUACCGCAUCAACUUAAAGCAUGUUAUAUGUAUAUGGGAGGCUGUCCCGAGGAUUACGAAAUGAGCAUACCGAAACUCGUAAAGUUAUGGAUCGCGGAAGGGCUUCUGAAGAAUUCCGACGAGUCAAAAAGCUUGGAAAAAGUCGGGGAGGAAUGCGUCGAGGAUCUCGUCGCUCGAAAUCUCGUUCUUAUUACCAAGAAGCGAUCCAGUGGGCAAUUCAAGAAUUGCAUCCUUCACGACGUAUUGAGGGAAUUCUGUCGCCAGAGGGCCUUCCACGAACGUUUCUUGCACAUUACACAGAAGAACGGGUAUUUAUAUCCGAGCGGAGUCGAAAACAUACGGCGCAUAAAUCUGGAUUCCGGUCAUAACAUAAAGCUCGGUCUGCACAAUGCCGGUAACCUCGUCCGAUCCAUUCUUUGCUUUAGCAACAAGUAUUACUCCGACCUCCGGAGCAUCGACUGGAAUAGCUUUAAGCUUUUCAAAGUAUUGGAUCUAUCGAGAAUAGAAGCUGAGUCGAACCUCGACAAAAUCUUCGAAAUGCUUCAUCUAAAGUACCUCGAGUGCCUGUGCAGCACAGAGCGACGCCACCGGACGCAGAAUUACAUUCGCGAAUCGUUAUUCACAGUUCUGGAUCGUCGCACGCUGUAUCGCAUUCCUGAAUCCCUAUCCACGCUCGAGAAUCUUCAGACAUUAGUUAUUAAUUCGAGCCAGACAUUCAGAAUCGUCGAACUACCCCUUACGAUUUGGAAGAUGACGCAGCUGAGGCAUCUUAUCGCCGACAGGAUGAUCUUGCCCCGCGCUGAAGACAUCACUCUGCAAAAACUGGGAUCUCUGCAAACUCUAAUGACUACCCUCGACUUCAAAUUCACCGACGAUGCGAUACAGAUGAUUCCUAACCUUCGAAAACUGAAGAUCGUAUGUUCCAGAGACAAUCCGGGUUGCCUUUGGGAGUUCUUCUGCCUCCACAAUCUGGUUCGAUUGCAGGUGCUCGAGGAGCUGAAGAUCAGGUUCGACUAUGUCCUGGAUCCAAUUUCGCUCUGCGACGGUCCUGCAGGCGGGAACAUCCCUCACCACGUCGCCUUCCCGACGACUCUUAGAAAAUUGUCUCUACGAGGGUGUAGAGCGCCGUGGGAAGACCUGGCGGUGGCGGGAUCUUUGCCAAACCUGCAAGUACUCAGACUAGAAAUGGAUUCAUUCGUGGGAGAAGAAUGGAUACCGUUGGAAGGACAGUUCCUCAGCCUCAAAUUCUUGUUGCUGGAGCAUUUAGACAUUGAGUUCUGGCUUGCAGACAGCGCACACUUUCCAUGCCUCGAACACCUUACAAUCAAAGAGUGCAGUAGGUUACAGAAGAUACCUCUUGAAAUCGGAGACAUUCCAACUCUUAAAUUCAUUGAUGUAUACAGGAGCGAACUUGUCGAAGAUUCGGCUGUCCAAAUCCGAGAAGACCAACAGAACCUAGGAAAUGAUGUCCUCCAAGUUCGCAUUCUCCGGUAUUGAUGUUCGGAACUGCUACGAAGAACGAGAGACAUACAUAUAUAUAUAUAUAUUUAUAUAUAUAGAUAUAUAUAAUGAGGACUAUUCUAUUGUCCUGCAUCACGAGUACCCGACACUCAACAGCUAGAAGAUAAGUAACUUGUUCACUUUCCGAGGCCUAAUUACAAGUUGCGGCUCGGUUUGAUCAGUUUGCUGUAUUUUGAAAGAACAAUAAAUCGUCUAUGUAUAUAAAUUCCGCGCAAUGUCAAGCUAUGUAUAAACGCACAUUUCUUUAGUGAA